CCAAUCGUCUCGGCAACAAAUCCAAGAUGCAGCAGCAGCCACCGCGAGAAGGCGGAGACCAAGCAAUCCCACGGGAGUUGGGGGACGCUAAGGUUCGAGAUCUGAUCGCCCUACUCGGGAAAAGAAGACUAGUAGAGGUCCCUUACACGGCAUCUCUUUCGCACACCAUGAACGCCCUGGUGGCUAACCGGGUGGUGGCAGUGCCCGUAGCUGCACCACCUGGACAGUGGAUCGGCGCCGGAGGGUCCAUGAUCAUGGAGGCUGAUAAGCAGACGGGUGUCGUACGGAAGCACUACAUAGGAAUGGUCACGAUGCUGGAUAUCCUAGCCCAUAUUGCCGGUUCUGGAACCGAUAAUGGGAUUGACGCUGGUGAUCUUGAUAGAAAGAUGGCGGUUCCAGUCUCCUCCAUCAUUGGCCAUUGCCUUGAAGGCCUUAGCUUGUGGACUCUUAAUCCUAAUACCAGUCUAGUGGACUGUAUGGAAGUGCUGAGCAAGGGAAUCCACCGAGCUUUAGUUCCAGAAGAAAGCCAUACUCAGGAGCUGGACGUUCCAGGAGUUGAGCUUGUGGAGUCUGCAUCGAGUUACCAGAUGCUGACACAAAUGGACUUGUUGAGGUUCAUCAAGGCCAAUUCGUCUGCUUUGCACCAUAUCACCUCUCGCUCCAUAACAGAAUCAGGAGCUUUAAAUCAAACAGUUUAUGCCAUCACCAAUCGCACCAAGGUCGUCCAAGCCAUCCACUGCAUGAGAGCUGCUCUGCUCAUUGCCGUCCCCAUUGUCCAGGCCUCCGAAGCAAUUCAAGAGGAUUAUACCCAGCUAGUAAACGGGAAAGGGAGGAAGCUGAUAGGAACAUUUUCGGCGACGGACUUGAGAGGAUGCCACUUGGCGACAUUGGAGACAUGGUUGCCACAAACCGCUUUGGAUUUUACAGAGAAAGUGUCGACGUUGCAGGCAGGGCCUCGGGCAAGAGAACUGGUGAGUUGCAGUGCGGAUGAGUCUCUGGGUGAAGUGAUUAACAAAGCAGUGAGUAAGCAUGUUCAUAGACUUUGGGUUGUGGACGAAAAUGGCUUUCUUCAAGGUCUUGUUUCUCUCUCUGAUAUUAUCAAGGCCUUGAGGGCUGCUUUGGUGUUCCCCAAUUCUCAGCCUUUCUGAUCAUCAACCCAAUUGCCAUAUAUCAUAUAUCAGAUGUUAGCUCUCUCUAUAUUUUAUAUGUAUGUAAAAAUCUUCAAGUAGAGUUUUUUAGCUUUUGUUUUCAAGUUUUGUUGUGCU